AGUUAGAGUGAAGUGCCGUCGCCUGCGGAGCGGAGUAAAACUAUGGAAGUUUAGCUGGGAGUUUGAUAAAGUCAGACAUAUCAGCACUUCUAAAGUUGGCGUGCUAGCCUGUUAGCUAAUGGCAAAUGUCAAGAACAAACUCUGGGAAAACAGCGGUAACGCCACAUUCUCCACCAAAGACGGGAUGCACGCCAGUUCUAUGAAUUUUGAAAAGGGUCAACGGACGAGACAUCAGCAAAAGGCCAGCGGUCUCAAAGAGAAGAUCCAGUCCCCUCGUCAGUCUCUCGAUGACUCAUUGGAAGCAGAUGUCCGAGCUUUCCUGAUCGAUGAAGGUUUACUCCACACCUACGACGACCUAACCAAAGUCAAUCCUGUGACCCCCACUACAGUUCUGAAAUGCCUGCAGGCCAGGUACCGUGCGCAGGUGUUCUACACGAACGCCGGCUGCACCCUGGUGGCUCUGAACCCCUUCAAGCCCAUUCCUCACCUCUACACCCAGGACCUGAUGAUGGAGUACCACCUUGCUCAGCAGCUUCAGGAAUACAAACCACACAUAUUCAUUGUGGCUGAAGCAGCAUACAGGAAUGUGCAGAGUCAGGUGGAACCGGCGAACCAGUCCCUGGUGGUCAGCGGGGAGAGCGGAGCUGGAAAGACAUGGACGUCUCGGUGCCUCAUGAAGUAUUAUGCCACAGUUGCCGCCUCGUCAUCUUCCCUGAAUUGUCAGGACACCGUGGAGAAGAUAGAGAAGAGGGUUCUGGACUCAAACCCCAUAAUGGAGGCCUUUGGGAAUGCAUGCACUUUAAGGAACAACAACAGCAGUCGGUUUGGGAAAUACAUUCAGCUCCAGCUAAACAGAUCACAGCUGUUAGUUGGGGCAUCUAUUCAAACGUAUCUCCUGGAGAAGACCAGAGUGGCUUACCAAGCUGCAAGCGAGAGAAAUUUUCACAUAUUUUACCAGAUGAUGAAAGGUGCUACAGAGAAGCAGAGACGUGAGUGGAUGAUGCCACUUGACCAGUGCUUCAGCUGGUUGCCGAAUGCUGAAAAAACACUGGAAGAGGAUUGUUUUAACGAAACCAUAGAUGCAAUGACAAACCUGGGCAUUACCAAGAAGAAGCAGGGACAGAUAUUCCGGAUAUUAUCGGGCCUUCUUCAUCUUGGGAACUUGAACUUCUGCCCCCCAACAGACGAGUCCCAGCCUUGUGAUCUCCUGGAGGAAUCCAAAGAUUUCCUGCAAAAGACUGCAGACCUGCUGCAGAUACCGGCAGAGCAUCUGCUGGCCUGUCUGAGAUUAAGGACACUGCGAGCAGGGAAGCAUACUGUCCUCUUUAAGCCCUGUUCCUCAGCAGAGUGCGGUGUGAGGAGGGACUGCCUAGCCAAAGUCAUCUAUGCCCAAGUGUUUGACUGGUUGGUAGCAUUCAUCAACAACAGCAUCUGUGCAGACACGUCCAGCUGGUGCAAUUUUAUAGGUGUCCUGGAUGUCUAUGGUUUUGAGUGCUUUCUGUUGAACAACCUGGAGCAACUGUGCAUCAACUAUGCCAACGAGAAGCUUCAGCAGCACUUUGUUGCCCACUAUCUCAAAGCACAGCAGGAGGAGUACGUCUCCGAGGGGCUGACGUGGUCCUUCAUCAAAUACCAGGACAAUCAGAGCUGCUUGGAUCUGAUAGAGGGCACUCCUUCUGGUGUCUUCUCCCUGCUGAAUGAGGAAUGUCGUCUCAAUCGUGCUGCCGACGCUGAGCAGUUCAAGACGCGGCUGGAGAAGGAGCUGUCCGACAACACCUGCGUGAGCUGGGACAAGUUCAGCGCGAGACCACACUUCACCGUCUCUCACUACGCAGGCAAAGUCAGCUACCAGAUCGAGGGCAUGAUGGAGAAGAACAAGGAUCCUGUGCCUCCUGAGCUCAUACACAUGCUCCAGAUGUCCCAGGAUCCCCUGGUUCACAGUCUCUUUGCUGACUACAGCACAGACGAGGAAGGCCUCAGGGGACACAGCAAAGUAGUCACCGUUGUCUCCAAAUUCAAGAACUCACUGGAGAGCUUAAUGAAGAUCCUACACAGCACCACUCCUCACUACACCAGGUGCAUUAAGCCCAACGCAGACUGUCGGCCGUUGACCUUUAAGAAAGAGGAGGUAAUUGUCCAGCUGGAAGCGUGCGGCAUUGUGGAGACUAUCAACAUUAGUGCAGCAGGCUUUCCCAUUAGGAUUCCUUAUCUACGCUUCAUGCAGCGCUACGGACUGAUGACAAACUCCAGGAUAUGCUCUCAGUCCCAAACUGGAAAUGGACUGGAGCUGGAUGAAUCCACCCUGGGUCCUGCAGUUGCUGAUGCUCUCAAUAUGGUGUUGCAAAGUCAGUCCCUGGAUCCCCUCAACCACUCUAAUGAUGAAACUCACAACACUUUAGUACACUGUGGGAAGACCAAAGCAUUCUUGACGCAUUCAAUGUUGGAGUACCUGGAGGGCCACAGGGACAGGGUGCGUUCUCAGAGAGCUUUCAGCAUCCAGUGCUGCUGGCGCAGGUACAAGCGGAGGAAACGGGAAGCUCAGAAGCAAGCUGCAGUCAGGAUCCAAUCAGCUGUGCGAUCCUGGCUGACAAGAAGACAGAUCAGACAGUGGCAGAAGGCUGCGUCCCUCAUCCAGAAGUCUUGGAGAAAGUGGAAAGCUGCAAUGGAAACCUUGGCUGAGGCAGAGCUGGAUGACAGUGCAGAUGUUAAGGGUGAGCUGCCCGUGUGUGACCCCACUAUUCGGGAGAGGGGUUCAGUGCAGCUCUCCACCCGCCAGAAGCCCGUGAUGGUGCGGGCGUGGCCCCUUGGACUGGCACUGGCUUCGGCACCCAACAUCACCGUGGCAGUGACCGCCCACGGCUUCCAGAAGGUGAUGUCCCUGAUGGCCUGUCUGAAGCUGUCCUUCAGGAGUGGAGCGUACAAAGUGGAGACCAACCAGUUUGAGGAGGGAGUGGCCUCUAUCAGGGCUCAGCCCCAGGAGUCAGUUAAACUGCAUUUCCUGAGAUCUCCACUUAUGUAUGCAGAGAGGACACCAGGGAGAAACCGAGAUGGAGUUACUGGCUUCAACCAGAUUCUGCUGGAGAAAUCAUGAUAUUUCCAUUUUUUCUUUUUUACUUUUAGUCAACACUAAGAGUGAAUAUCCUUAUCACCGCACUUUUCAGCAAUAGCCAACCCAGGGAGAUUUGUCUUGUGCUGCCUUUUGAAAUGUUAUUUAAAAUCAGUAUUUACUCUUUUGGUCUCAGGCUGAUUUUACACACAGCACACUAAAGUGCCUUCACCAGUCGGGUCUAAACUGGAGAGUGUAAUGUAAGCCUUUUAUUUAUGUAUGUAGAUCAAUUGUGUUUGUCUUUAUUUAAUUUGCAGUACUGUGUAAGACCACCGAUAAUGUAAAAUUUUAAAGCAUUGUAUCCAAUUUUAUAUGAUCAGAUUCCUUCAAGGAUUAGGAUGCCACAAAGCAUAUUUU